CUACUCCUCCACCUCCUCACCUCUUCCUCUCUUCCUCUUACAUGUUGCUCAGUGCAGAGCUCGGAUGCAGGAUGAGGCUUCCGGCCAUGUGGGAAUUUCUCUUGACGGUGGCUCGUGGUUGAAUCCGCGUGUUGGUGAGGACUUUCUUCCAAGAAGCAGCAAUCAGAAGCCCGGCAGGGGACAAAAGGUCAGUCAAGCUGUGAAGCCUUGAGGAAUCAGAGAAGGUUCACUCCGCUUUACUUGCCAGUGGAGUCACUCUAACUCUGCAGAAAGAGUGAAAACUGCAACUUGUUGCUGCUGUUGAAGAUCUUCGGUGAAAAGGGAAGCUUUGAUGAGAUUUCUCCCUGAUUACAGCCGCUGAAGACACCAGGAGCCAUUUCCAGUAAUUCACCCUUCUCUGAAAAAGGGUCUGAUGAGGACCAGCGAGGCACCUUAGCUGCUCUGUCACAUGGACAUUGACACUGAACAGCUGUUGCAUUCACCAUCUCAGUAAAGAGAGAAUCCAGGAGCGAUACAGUGCGACAAGAUGCUGAAAAACUUGUUUGCAUCCCCUCGUACUUAGCAACUGGUGAGGAUGAGAGAUGCUGUGAUGACCUACCUGUAUUUGACAAGUGUGUUUUUCACCUCGUUGGAGAGAGGAGCGCAGGGCGAUCAAAGUCAGCAAGAGGGAGCAGGGGAGGCAGCGGGGGAAAGUGUGAGGCAGUGAGAGGUGAAACAGAGAGGAGAGGAGAAAGUGACAGAACUGUGCCAGACUGAAGACGGAGUAAAGGAAAAAUCAGUGUAUCAAAGAACUGGACGCACGCCCGCGUACCGCAGCAGGAUUGUGUUUUUUUGUAAGAGCCGUGCAAGGUCUGCCGGACGCACAGCUCCUAUGAGAUGUAAGCUGAUGUCUGCGCUUGUCUACAUCCAGGCAGUAGAACGAGGAGAGCUGGCCCAAUAACUGGAGCUACAGCCGGCCAAGGGCUACAUCCCCAUCUAGUGCUCAAAUCUUGAUGGAGCAGCAGGGGGCCACCUUUCUCUGACCAGUCAACUGAAGCACACAUAACUUAGCAUCAUGGAUGUAGAUCUUCCAAACAGCACUUUCGCCAACACAACCCAUGUCCAGGCCGCUCCCCACAGCCUCUGGGAGGUCAUCGCCAUCGCCACAGUGUCGGCCAUUGUCAGCUUGAUAACCAUUGUUGGCAACGUGCUGGUGUUGCUGUCCUUCAAAGUCAACAGCCAGCUUAAGACUGUCAACAACUACUACCUGCUGAGUUUGGCUUUCGCUGACCUCAUCAUCGGAGUGUUGUCCAUGAACUUGUACACCACAUACAUCCUGAUGGGUUACUGGUCCUUGGGAAACAUUGCAUGCGACCUCUGGCUAGCGGUGGAUUAUGUAGCCAGCAAUGCUUCUGUUAUGAACCUACUGGUCAUCAGCUUUGACAGGUACUUCUCCAUCACAAGGCCACUAACUUACCGGGCUAAAAGGACUCCAAAGAGAGCCGCCAUCAUGAUCGGUCUGGCCUGGCUGGUGUCUUUCAUCCUCUGGGCGCCACCCAUUCUGUGCUGGCAGUACUUUGUAGGAGAGAGGAAAGUGCCUCCUGACCAGUGCCAGAUCCAGUUUCUGACCGAGCCGGUGAUCACAUUUGGGACCGCCAUCGCCGCUUUCUACAUCCCUGUCUCUGUCAUGACAAUCCUUUACUGUCGGAUCUACAAGGAGACGCAGAAGCGGACCAAGGAUCUGGCAGAGCUGCAAGGGCUCGCCCCAGAAAACGUUCCGGAGGGGACGAAACCGCCGAAGACGAUCAUCCACUCAUGCUUUCAUUUCAACAGAGAGAGGAAGGAGCGGAGUCAGGCCUCCUGGUCCUCGUCUAAUCAGAGUAAUGUCACUAAAACCACGACUCGAUCGGAUGAGGGGUGGGUGAAAGCAGAUCAGAUCACCUCCUUUAACAGCUACACCUCAUCUGAGGAGGAGGAGCAGCAUGUGUCCAUCGAAACGCCACAGGGAUCUUUCGAAGAGCAAGCCAUGGGACAGAGUAGUAAGAACGGGCAGGUGACUGAUUACACAGAGGAUCAGUAUUUCUCCACUCCUCAGAAGAAGAACAGCAAAAAGCAGAUUUCUUAUAUGUUCAAACCUGGCUCCAAAGGUAAAAAUGGCAAACCGGUAAGUGCGACACCCUCGCCCUGCCCACUCGUAGAAGAGCAGCCCCCAAAAAACGCCUCCCCGGCCUCCUCCACCACCUCCAAACCCAUGGACCCCGUCCUGAAGAACCAGAUCACCAAGAGGAAGAGGAACGUGCUGAUAAAGGAGAAGAAGGCGGCCCAGACCCUCAGCGCCAUCCUGCUGGCGUUCAUCCUCACGUGGACGCCGUACAACAUCAUGGUGCUCAUCUCCACCUUCUGCACCGAGUGCAUCCCCAUGUCCCUGUGGCACCUGGGCUACUGGCUGUGCUACGUCAACAGCACCAUCAACCCAAUGUGCUACGCUCUGUGCAACAAGACCUUCCAGAAGACGUUCCGCAUGCUGCUGCUCUGCCAGUGGAGGAGGAGGAGGAGAGGCGAGGACAAGCUGUACUGGUGUGGACAAAACCCAAAUGUCAACAACAAAAUGACUUGAUCUGCGGCAUAAGAGCAUAUAGGCUAAUUAGUAUUUCCCACGUGCAGAUUUUCUUGAUAUGUAUAUAUACUGUAGUGAGUGGGCGUCUUCAGCAUGAAGUGCUGCAUGUGAUUUUGUUGUGUCAGUACAUGCAGGUGAAAAAAAAGGAGCUGAGUCUAAAGCAGCACUUACAACUGCUGCUGCAACGGAUUUGAUCGGAAAAUGUUCAUCCUCAAGGUGGCUACAGAUUCUAACAGCAGUUCGAGAACGGGUUCAGUUCAGAUUAUUUAUCUUAAAAGGGAAAAAUACUUUGUUUUUACAAGUUGUUUACAGGGGAUGUGGAGUGAUUUUCUGUGCUUGAAGCGUGUUGAAAGAAAGCAGCAACCUCCAGUGAUGAACAUGAAGCCAAUGCAGAAGUGAGAAAAGCUGCAGUUCCUCGAGUGUCCACUAGAGGCUAUCUCUAUCUAAAAAAAUGUAGAGGGGGAUGAAUUGUUGGAAAGCUCAUCCAUUUUCAGAUAAGGCCAAGAGUUUUGCAUAAUUGAGGGCAUGGCUGAUUUGAAUGAAAGCUUGGCAGGUUGUAGCUGUUUCCCAGGAGGCUCCAGGCUUCACUUCACCUGACUCUGUUACUGACCUUUAACUGUUUUGCGUUGGUGUCAUUGUUUUGAAUAUGCUAACAAGAUGACCAACAGGAGUUAGAUGGGCGUGUUUCUGCCACCAAGAUUUUUUAUUCAGCCGUCCUCAACUCCACCUCUUUGCCUGCUUCUAAAUAAUUCAUUCAGAGAAAGCAUUUCUUAUUAUGGUGGCCGCCAUUAUUGGGCUUCACAUCCCGCUUCAGAAAACCCACAAUUGAGGUCACUGCAACUACAUCCAUGCUUUCUCCUGUAUUUCUUUGAAAGCCAUCUGGUGCCCUGGAAAGAGCUGAGCGAAGUCUGAUAAACUGCCUCAUGAUAUGUCACUAGAGGCCCAGAGGCCACAUCAGCAGCGACUGGCCCCACACAUCAAAAUCUGCAAAUCUGUUGCAUUGUGGGUAAUGUAGCCCCAGUCUUUGAAGAGGAAGAAGAAUGUGUUUAAUAUAAAAUAUGAUAUGUCUGUUUCUGCUGCAUCAACUUUAAACUGUCCAUCAAGAGAACAGCGAUGUAAUAGGAAUGCUAUAGGAUGUAAUUCAUGGAGCACGUGUAUGCUACAGAAAUCACACAUCAGUACGUACACAAGAGGGUUACUGGCCGCUGUAAUCAUUUCUCUUCAACAUACCUUUCAUUACAGAAGCCCUAAACAGACUUGCAUCUAUAAAAUUGAUUUAUUACAAAUAAUUCCUGGUUGUUUUUCUGUAGAUAUUGACGCAUUUAUCUCGUAUAAACCAGCACAAAACAAACAUGAAAAGGCUUACGUCUUACCUCAUUAGUGUGGGCAUGUCAUGCUGAGGUCUGUAUCACACUACUGUUUGUUCCUAUUAUCACGGGAAAAAACUAGCUUUGCUAUCUCAAGAUAAUGAGAUUAUUUAGCAGGCCCGGUUAUACAAGGGUGCACCCUCAUUACAUGUUUCUGCACCCUCAAUUGAAUGGACGCAAAAAAAUAACUUAAUUCAUAAUUUUUUCAACGAUUAGAAAUAAAGGCUUCAAAUGACAACAGUGUUUACUCCAUGAUCUGAUGGUUAUGACAGGUGCACGUGAUCUGUCUGUUCACCGGGGACCACAUGAGGGGCCCAUAGCACCUACGCUUUUUUUUCAUUGCUGCUGCUGGUCACUGUAGCUGCACCCCCUUUUUUCUCACAUGCACCCUAAGUCGUUUUGUUCUGCAACCAAGCCUGUAAAUAAGUCAAGGUCUGGAGAAAACAACGGGAAAUGUCUCGUCAUCACAUGAAAAUGGAGAAAAUAAAACGUAUGAAUGCAGGUCUGCAAAGGGCUUCCAGAGACAAUAAAAUCAUCUCCUCUUUGAAGUAACGUGACUCCGAUGUAAGAGAUUGGGGACAAAAUCUACAGUCCAACCUCUGUGUAAAAAAUAAAAAGUUAAAGUCUCACAAUCUCUUUAUUGUCCAGUUAAUCAAGUUUUCUAUUUUACUGCCGGAAAGAGAGAUUUCAUGGGGCAGUUGUUUGACUUGUGUUACAUUCCUGUGUUCUUUUUUUAGAGCAAACACUUGGCUGGACAGUAAGGAAUCUGUUUUUUAAGCACUUAUUUGAACAAGGCCUGUGUGUAUUUUGACCCCAGUUUCUUACACAGGAGUCACACUUUUAGAGAAAACACUUCCGGCUCGUUGCAAAAUUGAAGAACGAUUACAACCUGUGCGAUCAUGUGGUCAAAAAAAAAAAAACACCAACUCUGAACCUGCCCUUCAAAUCCAUGUAUUCUUCUUUAUUCUAUCCCUCACGUGCACUGUAUAUAAAGAACACAUUGUAGGCGUUCACAUUUCAAGGUCAUUUUAAAGAACGUAUUUCACUGAAACUGUUGGAUUUUAUACAUCACAGACUGUAAAUGUUGAUUUCUUUGUGUAUUUUUAGUGUGCAGUGAAUGUUCUCUCUUUUGUUAUUAUCUUGGCUCUUGCAACCAAAGUUGACGAUGUGUUCAGGGGCUAAUCUGUGCAUUUGAGUUGCAUUAGUUUCACAGUUGUAACAUGACAGAAGACAUUUGAAUGGAUAACACUUCUCUGUUCAUGUCAUUUAACUCUAAGAAAAAAAAAAACUUGGACACAUGGUAUUUGAAGCCACUUCUCUCUGAUGGACGAGCGCUGCUGUUGUACAUUUUUGCACUUUUGUGUCUUUAAAAAUGAUGUAACGUCAAAUGUUAUCGCUCGAAAAACUCUGUGCCUUCUGUUUCUGCUCGGAAGGCUAAAAAACGCUUUGUGACUGAACCUGUGCUCGUCGUCUGUCUGUGUGAUUCUGUGAAAGUGAGUCAGAGUGUACUGAUAUCAACAAUGAAAUACAAACUCAACAUGAACAUUUUUAACAUCCUA